GUGGUUGGUUACAUCUUGACAACUGAAAAGGAACAUGAAAUAAGUAUCAAUGACAAUGAUGCCUUGUGGGGAGAAACAGCCCUGACAGCUGCCGCGGGAAGAGGGAAGCUGGAGGUCUGCGAAUUGCUUCUGGAACGUGGAGCAGCUGUGACGAGAGCUAACAGGAGGGGGAUUCUUCCACUCUUCUGCGCAGUGCGGCAGGGGCACUGGCAGAUUGCUAAGCUUCUGGUGGAGCAUGGGUCUGAUGUGAAUUUAAGUGACAAGCAAGGCCGCACUCCUCUGAUGGUGGCUUCCUGCGAAGGGCACCUGAGCACGGUGGAAUUCCUGCUCUCUGAAGGUGCAACCAUUUCAUCUCUAGACAAAGAAGGCCUGACAGCUUUGAGCUGGGCUUGUCUCAAAGGGCACAGGGAAGUGGUGCAGUAUUUAGUUGAGAAAGGCGCAACAACGGAUCAGACAGACAAAAACGGACGAACACCCCUAGACCUGGCAGCUUUUUAUGGAGAUGCUGAUAUUGUGCAGUAUUUGGUAGAGAAAGGAGCAAUGAUAGAGCACGUUGACUACAGCGGCAUGCGGCCGCUGGACAGAGCUAUCGGAUGUCGCAACACGUCGGUGGUGGUUAUGCUGCUGAGAAAAGGAGCUAAACUGGGAAAUGCAGCAUGGGCAAUGGCCACCUCCAAACCUGAUAUUCUCCUUAUUCUGCUACAGAAGCUGAUGGAAGAAGGAAAUAUACUGUACAAAAAAGGCAAGAUGAAGGAAGCAGCGCAGCGCUACCAGUACGCCUUGAGGAAGUUUCCAAGGGAAGGAUUUGGAGAAGAAAUGAAAACGUUCAAUGAGCUGAGAGUUUCGUUAUACCUGAAUUUAUCACGAUGUCGCCGAAAAACAAACGACUUUGGUAUGGCGGAAGAGUUUGCUACUAAAGCGUUGGAUUUGAAACCCAAGUCUUACGAAGCCUAUUACGCUAGAGCAAGAGCCAAGAGGAACAGCAGAAAGCUACUUGCUGCUCUUGCUGACCUACGUGAAGCCACACAGCUGUGUCCUAGCAAUCAAGAGGUAAAACGUCUCCUGGCUCGAGUAGAAGAGGAAUACAAGCAGUUCCAGAGAACACAGCAACAGAAGCACCAGUCUCCACAGCUACUACAGAAAAUUAACAACUCCGAUAAUGAGGAAGAGGGCAUUAUACAAGGUGCGAAUGAUAAUUUUAAUCUUCCAGCGAGGGAGGAAGAACAGCCGCACCCUGAUGAAUCUGUUUCCUCUCCACAAAGGCUGCAAUGUUCCUUAGCGGCUUCAUCAUACAGCAGGACCCUUCAGGAAGGUGUUCAGCAGAAAGCUAGAUCUGUGUCCCCUCAAAGCAGAACAGCCAGUAAAUACCUGAGAGAGCCAGGCUUGAUCAUGCAGCCAACAAAGCAGGCACAGAUUGUAAAAACUAAUCAGCACCUGAGCUCCAUCCAGCCCGGAUCCAAAACGGGAAGCAGUCAGUGUAAUACAAAGACACAAUCAUCUUUUCAGCAUCUUCCCCAAAGUCCCUUGCCAGUCCGGCACUCCAAAAUUCAGCAUUUGGAUGGGACAAGCGCAUUAUCCUCUGGAAAUGCUUCCAUGGGUCCUAGUUCUGAACUGUGCAACGAGAAGCUUAUGUCCAGCCAGUGUUCCCACUCACAGCACAACGAGAAUCUCUCAUCUUGUUCUUUUGGAAGUAAGUCUAAAACCACUGAUCGGUUAACAGCCCCUACUCAAAUGAAUUUCAGUGAAGCAAGGCAGCAAAGUCCUGGACCUGCUGCUGUCUCCUCUAGCUCCCCAUCCGGUAGCAUGAUUCCUGCCAGCUCGACCAGCAGCUUAACCUCAGCCAGUAGUUUUUCAGAGAGCAUUAAGGGGCUGGGCCCAGAUGUUCGACUCAAGGAGAAUAAUGUUAAUCAAGUUCAGGGUACUGUUGCUGAACACAGACCUCGCAAUACCCCAUUUAUGGGGAUCAUGGACAAGACUGCAAGGUUUCAGCAGCAAAAUACUCAAUCCAGUCGCACUUGGCACUCUCAGGCACUGGAUGGAUUUUCAACAAGCGUUGCUUCUGGGGGCAUGCAGUCCUCAAAUUUUGAGCAGUUCUCAGUCAAACACCACCAAAACAAAAUGUCCUCUACUGGUGCUGCCCCAGGAGAUAUCAACCAGAAUGGUAUGCAAGCUAAAGAAUGCGAGGAGCUGAAGCGCCAAACGCCCGCCCAGUGCCAAGACAACAGAGCCCUUAAACCGCACUUUUACCCUGACGCUGUAUCCAGACAGCAGUCUCACAUCAGUAAGGAAGGCCACCUAAGUCAUGGUGCAUCUACAAAACCAAAGCAAUCAUUCAUUGAAUCAAAUGUAUAA